UAUUUAUAUAAUCGUUGCUGAUAACAACUUUGUCAAAGAUUCAUCAUUUAAUGAACCUUUAAGGGGAAUUAAAAGAGACAUUUGGCGUGUAAUGACACCAAAAUAUUCAACACAAGCUCUUUUGCGUUUAAAUUCCUAUGGGUUUUCCUACUAUUUAAGUCAUGAACGAUCACAAUUUUUUAAUGAUUUGCUUCAACAAAUAAAAGAAAGCAUUUCUUUGAUGAAUGAUCAAUUGCAAGUAACCUAUAAUACUCAAUCAGAUCCCUCUGAUUUCUCUAAACUUUUAGUAGAAUUUUCAAUUCAUAAGGCAUCUGAUCCUUUAAAUGAUCCAAGUACAAACGAUAUUAUCAAUGAUCUAGAUACUAUUAUAAAGAACAAAUAUAUUAGCUCUCUUUCUGAUAAACCAUUUAUGAUAUUUCUUGACAAUCAAUAUGGAUUUCAAGCCAAACGUAUGUAA